AUGGCGCCGCUUUUGUUUUCCGACGUCGCAAUGUCCAUCCACAUCCCAGACCGUGCCGGUGCUAUCAAAGCGGCUGAAAAAGAGGUUGUUCGUUUCCCUCACUCGAAGCCAGCGAUCGUGUAUUGUCCUUCUCGAUCCCACGAGGCGGGGAUAACCCUGUGUGAGGCCUUCGACCACGCAGAGUUGGCACACCGGAAGUGGCACGGUUCCAAGAAGGAGGCUGCGAGGAUGGAAGAAAUGGACAUUACGAGCUCUGGUGACUACGCCACUGAGUCAAUCCUCUUCCACGAGAUUCCCGGUUGGGAGUCGCUCAAGCUUCUUGUGGAAAUGGACACAAUCUUUCUCAACGAACUUCAACAAAUCCUCAUUGCCCAAUAUAGACAUCACCCUGAGACUGUCAAGGCUGGAGGCAUUUUCAUGGUGUCAGAGGACCGUGACGAGGUCUUCCUCACCUUUGGCACCUUUGACCGCCACUACCUUUGA